AUGGCGGCGGCGGCGGCCUCGCUCUCAGGCGGCGGCCCGGGGCCCGUGAGGCUGCCGCGCUCGCCGCCCUUCAAGGUGCUGGCGGAGCAGCUGCGGCGCGACGCGGAGGGCGGCCCGGGCGCGUGGCGGCUGUCGCGGGCGGCCGCGGGCCGCGGGCCGCUGGAGCUGGCGGCCGUGUGGAUGCAGGGCACCGUGGAGGCGGCGGCCGGCGGCGCGGCGCGGCUGCGCGACCCGAGCGGGCCCUUCUCGGUGCGCGGCCUGGAGCGGGUGCCGCGCGGGCGGCCCUGCCUCGUCCCAGGAAAGUAUGUGAUGGUCAUGGGAGUGGUCCAGGCAUGCAGCCCGGAGCCCUGCCUGCAGGCUGUGAAGAUGACGGAGCUCUCCGAUAAUCCCAUCCAUGCGAGCAUGUGGGAGCUGGAAGUGGCAGAUUUGCACAGGAGUAUCCCUUAGGUGCUGGCGCCCUCGGUAACAACAAUAGAGCUCAAGCUGCAGUUUCCCAAUUUUACCAGGGAUGGUCCUUUUUCCAUGGCUGCUGGGAUCCUAUUUUACAUGCAGAAUUUGAAUCUCAGGCGAGCCCAUGGCCCCCCCAGAGCAGUUAGGCCAGGAAAGCAAAGGACUGACGUCAGCUCCGAGGGUCCCCUGUCCACAACCUCCACGUCCAGUUUGCAGGACUAAUGGCCUCCUCAGCAGCUGUCUGCUUCGGCCCCCGGCAACUUGGUUGGGGUCCUCCUCCUUCCACGUGGACGCUGAUGCCAGCCCGCACCCCCCUUCACCUGGAGAUGGCGAGACUCUUUCCACAAUGCACGUUGAAAUUAAAACCAAGCUUGAGAACGACUUUCAGGCAUUUGCUCACCUUCAGCCUCAUGGCUUUCGGUGAGACGCAGGGGGCGACCUCUUGGCUCGGACGUCUGUUGUGUGUGGCGUGACUUUUUAACUUCGUUGCUUUGGAUGGCAGGUCUCUGCGCUCUGCCAGGGCCUCCUGUUUUUUCCACAGAUUAUAACUAUCGGGGGAGCCAGGUUCUGGGCCUAUAUUGCCAUAGAGUUUUGCUGAAUUAUUAAUCUUAUGCCUUGAAUAAAUUAUUACAUAGGCUAUUUUUUUUUUUCCAAGUUGACUAUUUUUUAGAGCAUCUUUAAAUUCGUAGGGGAGAAAAAGAGAGUGCAGCCUUCCCCUACACUCCCCGCUCAGUUUCCCCUCACGUUAGUAUCUUGCCGUGGGGCGGAACAUCAGGUACAAGCGAGGAGCCAACAUACCCGAGGAGCAGCUGAAGCCUGUGGCUAGCUCUCGGUGCCGCUUUUGGGGCGCGCAGUUCUGUGAGUUUUACAAAAGCGUUAUAGGGAGGGGCACCGCCCUGGCCAUCCCGCCCUCCCCCAGCUCCGAACACCCUCCCUCAUUCCGUCUCCACAGUUUGCCUUCUCCAGACUGCCAUGCAGUUGGAUCAUACAGCGACUUUUUCCAACUGGCUUCUUUCACUUAGCAAUACGCACUCAAGGCUUCUCCGUGUAUUUUUGAAACGCGAUAGCUCCUUUCUUUUUAUCGCUGAGUAACACACCAUUGCAUAGAUCCACCACCGUCUGUUUACCCAUUCCCCUGUUCAAGGGCAGAUCUUUGAAUCCAACUUUUGGGAGUCAUUCAUAGCGCUGCUAUUAAACACGUGUGUGUGGACAUGAGUUUUCAGCUUUUUGGGGUGAAAGCCUGGGGCACGCUCGGCGGUCACGUGGUAUGUUGCGCCUUGUGAGGAACUGCCAGACUGUCUGCCUCAGUCCACUUGGGUUGCUGUAACAAAACACCAUAGACAGGGGGCUUACAAACAACAGAAACUUAUUUCUCGAAGGUUCUGGAGAUCUAAGGUCAAGGUGCCAGCAGAUUCAAAGUGCACUUCCUGGCUCAGAGAUGGUGUUCCCACAUAGGCCAGGGGUUCCUGGGGGCCCAUUUAUCCGGGCACUAAUCCCAUCAUGAGGGGUCCACCACAUGAAUUAAUCACCUCCCAACGGCCCACCUCCUAACACUGUAUUUGUGGUUGGGUUUCAACGUGAAUGGGGGCCAGUCUCAAGCCCCGUCUCCCCAAGCUGCUACACCAUUUUGUGUUCCCCUCAGCCAUGUACGAGACAAGCGUUCCCCUUGUGCCAAACCUUUGCCAGCGUUUGGUAUUGUCAGAGUUUUGGGUCUGCUGUGUUUAAACUACAGCAUUUUCUCUUAAUGAGGCUAAUUGGAAAGUGCACAUUGUACGUGUGUGUUUUUAUUGCUGAUCUGCAUUCGUUGACCACUUGACACUUGUCUCCAGCUUUUUUUUAAAUUUAUUUAUUUAUGCAUACAAGAACUGGGGUGUAGCUAGAGGUGUGGGGGGUGAGAGGAUUCACCAGAGACAGAGUGGGGAGCGGAACAGGCAGACUGACUGAAAUACACUGCUGAGGGAAGCAGCAGGCGAGACAGGUGAAGUCUGCUGCGCCAUGUGGGUCAGCUCCCUGGCUGGGGAUCAAACUUGUGUCACAGUGGCUGCAAAUUGCUUCAUAGUGCUGAGACUUAACCCCUUGCACCACUAGGGAGGCCCCCCAGCGUUUUUUGUUCCGCGUUUGGGGGUGGUGGGCAGUGACGACGAGCCCUGCGCCUCUGGAGACCUGACAAGCCCUUCCUUUGUCCUUCAAUUUGCAGUGUGACUGCGGGCAAGUCACCUAACCUGUGCUUUAGUUUCCUCAAGUACAAAUUGCAGAUUAUACAACACCCACUUCAUUGCGCAGAUGUGAGGAAUAAAAUGAAGAUGUGUGUAAAUCACCUCUGCGUGUGCCAGGCAAUUGUUGCUGGGAGGAAUAAUAUGUUAUUACUUACAUCAUCAGCUGUUAAAAAAAUUAUGUAUCAAGUCGUUCUAGAACUACAGAAAAAUUGCAGAUAGUACAAAGUGUACAAAUAUACCCACAUCCGGGUCCCUUUAUUAUUAGCAUCUUCAAUUAGUAUGGCACACUCGUGACAGUGAAGCAAUAGUGUAAUGUUUUGAUGAACCAAAGUGUAUGCUUAAUCCAUCUUCCUUAGCUUUUUUCCCCCCCGAAUGUCCUCUUUCUGUUCCAGGAUCCCAUCCAGGUUAACCCACCACAUUUAGUCAUCCUGUCUCCUGAGAGGCUCCUCCUGGCUGGGACCGUCCAUCAGUUGCUUUUAAUUACUGACGUUUCAUUUUGAUAUACUCUAUGGGCUCUCUUGCUGGAGGAUUCUUGUUUAAACUUCAUUCCAGGGCCUCCUGGGGACCUAGGGGUUAAGGCUCAGGGCUACCACCACAAAGGCCCACCGUGAAUGCCUGAAUUCUAUCCCUGGCCAGGGAGCUGACCCACAU